AGAAUAUUCUCUAAAAUAAAUAGAAUGAUCCAGAGCUUAAUUUGACAUGAAGUAGUUGAAGGUUUUAAUUAAUAGAUUCUAUGCUUCUCUCCUGUAAUAAUUGUAUGUAUCUAUAUGUAUAUAGGUUAUAUAUAUACACACAUCACACGCAAACACUACUAAUUUCCGUUCAAUUUAAUUGCAUCUAAUUUGCCUUUUUACAACACCCCUUGAACAAGAAUCACAUGAUUAUGAGUUCUAAGCACGCCCUUUUGUGAUUCUUGAUUUUUUCGAAAUACCCAUCUUUUAAUUUCGCUUCUUGGCUUAGUUUAUCUCUGAUUCUUGAAAUUUGGAGUGACCCAUUUGAUAAUUUGAUCAAACUAGUCCAGUAUAUUGUGGUGUUAGUCCAUAUAUAUGAUGGAGAAGAAGAGUGAGGAAACUUCUGCUGAGAUGUUGAAGAACACCCCAUCAAAUAUAAGAAGAUUAGCAGAUGAGAUUGAGCAGUGUGAGGGCAGACAGAAGUAUCUUGCUCAGACAUCAAGUGCUUCUGAUGGGGGUGAUGUUAGAUGGUACUUUUGUAAAGUCCCUUUGCCCGAAAAUGAGCUGGCUGCCUCAGUUCCUCGUGCGGAAAUAGUAGGGAAAAGUGAAUAUUUUCGGUUUGGUAUGCGAGAUUCUCUUGCAAUCGAGUCAGCCUUCCUGCAGAAAGAGGAAGAGUUGCUAUCUAGUUGGUGGAAGGAGUAUGCAGAUUGUAGUGAAGGCCCAAGAGCGCCAAAAGCUUCAAGCUCUAAAUUAGAUGCGCAGCUAAGAUCAUCUGUCUUAGAAAGUGCUGGAUCACCCCAGCUGUUCACACCCGAAGAAGAGAGAGUUGGAGUUCCUGUAAAGGGAGGGCUUUAUGAGGUAGAUUUAGUGAAGAGACAUUGCUUUCCUGUUUACUGGAAUGGAGAAGAUCGCCGUGUAUUAAGAGGUCAGUGGUUUGCUCUUAACAAAGGUCUUGAUUGGCUUCCACUUAGAGAAGAUGUUGCUGAACAGUUGGAAUAUGCAUAUCGCGGUCGGGUUUGGCGUCGAAGAACCUUUCAGCAAUCAGGACUCUUUGCAGCUCGAGUUGAUUUACAAGGCUCCACCUUGGGCUUACAUGCACUUUUCACCGGAGAAGAUGAGACGUGGGAGGCUUGGCUAAAUUCUGACGCUUCUGGGUUUUCUAGUGCUUUCAAUUUUGGGGGCAAUGGUGUUAGGCUAAGGCGUGGAUAUGCUUCAUCCCAAUCAUCAAAGCCAACGCAGGAUGAAUUAAGGCAACAGAGGGAAGAGGAAAUGGAUGAUUACUGUUCUGAGGUUCCAGUUCGACAUGUGGUCUUUAUGGUCCAUGGGAUCGGUCAAAGAUUAGAGAAAUCUAACCUAGUAGAUGAUGUUGCUACAUUUCGCCAAAUUACAGCAAACCUAGCUGAAAGGCACCUAACUCGAUACCAACGUGGCAUCCAACGGGUCCUUUUCAUCCCAUGCCAGUGGAGGAGGAAUUUAAAGCUCAGUGGUGAAUCUGCUGUCGAAAAAAUUACUUUAGAUGGUCUAAGGGGGUUGCGGGUGAUGUUGAGUGCAACUGCUCAUGACAUACUAUACUACAUGAGCCCAAUCUACUGCCAGGCUAUCAUCGACUCGGUCUCGAACCAAUUAAACCGCUUAUAUUCAAAGUUCCUCAAGAGAAAUCCGGGUUAUGAUGGAAAGGUUUCUUUAUAUGGUCAUUCGCUUGGAAGUGUACUUUCCUAUGAUAUUCUUUGUCAUCAAGACAAUUUGUUGUCCCCAUUUCAUGUGGAUUUGGCGUCAAAGGAAAAUUUGUACAGAACAUCAUCUAAUGCUAAUGUCGGAAAGCAACAUUUUGAGAGUGGCUCUACCUCCAAUUUGGGAAAGGACAUUCUUGUGAAAAAUGAAAGCAAGGGUAUGGAGGAUGCCACUGAUGAAGGCAUGCUAAAUGUUAACUCUGAAUUAUCAUCUGUGGAGGAUCUUGCCAAUUCUGCCCCUGCUAUACCUCCGGUAUCAUCAGCUGAUGAACUUUCGCCUGUACCUGUGGGGUCUAAACAAACAAAUAAUGACUCGACAUCAGCUGAUGAACAUUCACCCUUGCCUGUGGUGUCUAAACAACCAGAUGAUGACUCACCGUCAGCUGAUGAACUUUCACCUGUACCCGAGGGGUCUAGACUACCAAAUGAUGACUCAAAGUCAGAUGAAAUUCAAACUAAUUCGGUCUCUGGUAGACUCGAGGGAUCAUCAGAUGAUGAACAUUCACUUCCACACGUGGAGUCUAUAGAACCACAUGAUGAUUCGCCAUCAAAUGAAGUUCAUGCUAAUUUUGUCCCUGCUAUACAUUUAGUAUCAGCAUCUGAUGAAAAUCCACCUGUACAUGUGGGGGGGUCUGAGCCAAAUGAUUACUCACUAUCUGAUAAUAAUAUCACUCCACCUAUUCUUGAUCACUGUAGCAUUCUAGCAGACGUAAGGGAUGAAUCAAAUAAAUCUGAAAACAGAAAUAGUGAUUUAGCAGAAGAAAAGGAUGGGAUCAGUGAAAAUUUAGUUGGCUGCUCUAUGGGAAACACUGCAGAAGUGUCUGAGAACAUUGAAGUGAAGUCAAUUGAUGCACUGAUGAAAGAGAUCAUAGCCCUACGGGAUAGAAUUAGAGAACUGGAAUCUCACACUGGGGCUAAAGGAGCCGAGAAGGAAACAUCUUUGACUGGUCAACCAGCUUCUGAGAAGCCUCCACCUGGGAAGAAUAUUACUGAGAAGACUUAUACACAUUACAUAAACUACACGAAGUUGAAAUUUAAGGUUGACACAUUCUUUGCCGUUGGAUCUCCUCUUGGUGUAUUUCUCGCCCUCCGAAACGUUCGUUUAGGAAUAGGCGAAGGCCAUGAUUAUUGGGACGAGGACAAUAUAAGAGAGGAGAUGCCUGCUUGCCGACAAAUGCUCAACAUCUUUCAUCCUUUUGAUCCUGUAGCAUAUAGGAUAGAACCACUUGUGUGUAAAGAAUAUAUUAACAGAAGACCCGUCAUUAUCCCAUACCACAGAGGUGGAAAGAGGUUGCAUAUAGGAUUCCGGGAAUUUGCUGAAGAGUUAUCUACACGUUCUCAAGAAGUGUUUGAUCAGAUAGGAUCCAUAAAGGUAAAAGUGGUCACACUCUGUCAAUCGAGGAACGAUGAUAGCAACGAGGAAGAAUCAGAAGUUACUGAAGAAGAGAGGUCUUAUGGUUCAUUAAUGUUGGAGAGAUUAACAGGUAGCGAAAAAGGUCGAGUUGAUCAUGUGCUUCAGGACAAAACAUUUCAGCAUGCAUAUAUAUUAGCAGUUGGAGCACAUACGAAUUAUUGGAGAGAUUAUGAUACUGCGCUUUUCAUGUUGAAACACUUAUACCGUGAUACACCAGAAGAACCAAGCUCAAGUGUUGAAUCUGAUGAGGAAAAUAGCUCAAAACAUAGAAGCGCUUCAGAAUGCUGGUAUGACCAAAGAGAGCUUGCUGAUGAAGAACUUCCUCUAACAUUUGCUGAUAAAGUCUCAGUGAAAGACUUCUGCCGAAAAGCCAAAAGAGCUAUUAAGGGGUGAAAGCCACCAGGUUUAUCAUGAUCAUGUAAAGGACAUGCAGCAGGUGCUGUUGACAGGUUCCUUGAGUGAACCGAGAUGGUCGCACUGGAAUGCUGACCUUUGACUAUCUUGGCAACCCAAAAGCGAUGUUUAAGCAUUACUUACACGGAGUGUUUUAAAGCUGUACACUGAAGAAAUUAUUGAGUAAAUAGUGAAAGCUUCACUUGGGAUAUAUAGAUGGGCUGUGAGUAGAUAGUUUGUAUAACCCCAGUUACUGAAUCUGGGGUGGUCAGUGAAUGAUGAAUGGCUUCGAAGAAGAGCCAGAGGGACAUUUCAUAUUAUGCAUCUGUAGUUCUCAGUUAUUCUACCCCCUGUGUGUACAUGGUUUGACGUAGGAAAGAGCAUGUGAAACUAGGAUAAAUGUGAUUAAAGCAUGUACUGUUUACAUAGAACACAAAUCUGGUUCUCUGUGAAGUCACAUUUGCUUGUAGCCAAUUUUAUAGGUGGGACACAUAGUUUUGUAUGUAAAUGGCUCGACAAACUUUUGUCCAUGCUAUUUAUCUCUGCUUGGGUAUGUAAUUUUGUCCAUGCUAUUUAUCUCUA